GAACCUCGUCUUCAAAACGCUGUUCGAUGUUGGCGGCAAAGAAAAGAUUGAUGUCGCGUCGCACAACAUUCCAGGCGGAAUUUUCUGAUUGAAAUCAUGGAAACUGUCGCUGAUUUUGUCAAAUUUACCUCACAAACAGCUGCAAGAGAUAAGCUGUCAAGAGCUGCACAAUAUGCAAGUAAACUGGUUGGUUACAUUUGCACUCAAAGAAAAGUUGAUCCAGAGUUGGCAUCCAGAAUUAAAAAAAUUGAAGUUACCUUCAGCACAAGCAGAAAAACAUUUCGUUUGGGCAAGAGUCUGGACAUGAUUCUGGGUGCUGUAAAAGGAAGUCAAAUUCAAGACCCACUCAUCCGAAUAUGUGUUGUUGUUGCAAGGCUGUCCAGAUCCAUUUAUUUUGUGUAUGACAUCUUGAACUGGUGCUGUCGUGUAUCAUUGAUGAAGGGUAGUUCAAAAGAGUAUGCCACCAGAGCAGCCCCCUUCUGGCUGGUUGCUGUUAUUUUUUGCCUCCUAAGAGAUCUUUAUGAGAUUAUCAAUUAUGUGUUAAGAGCUCAAGCAAAGCAGAAAACACCUACAGUUCAAGACUGUGUCACACAGAGACCAGACAUUGCUGUGGAUACACUAAAAAACAUGGCUGAUUUUGCUAUACCACUAAAGAUCUGGGGCAAAAUUGACAUUUCAGAUGGCAUAGUUGGUGCUCUUGGCCUGAUCUCUUCCAUUUGUGGAAUCCUUGCAAUUCUUAGCCCACAGUACAAGCUGACACCUAUGUAACUAACUUUCACAUACCAACAAUAUAUACCCCUUUGUAUAUGAUUCUCAAAUUCUUUGAAGCCCCUUUAUAUGUCCAACUUAAGGGCAGUAGAGUAAAAGAAGGUAUUUGGAAUUUGUGAUUUAAGCUUCAUUCAAAUUUAAAACUAAUACACAAAGUUAAGCAAAAUUUUAUCUCUCAGUAUGAAAAAUAAAGUAAUAGCUUCCUAGAGUGAUAAUGUGCAUGCUUUUUUGGAAUUUUGUGACAAGUACAACUACUUUGGUAUAUGUUUAUAGCAUAAAUCAUGCAG